AUGGCCUCUCCACUCAACAGGACGCCAUCGCGGCGCCAGUCGAUGCUGAAUACACACAAUGACGGCGAUAAGGAUCUUGCGCAUUCGCUCAAGCAGCUGUCGCUCUCGGCCUCUCCCGCUGGCAACUCGCCCCGCACCUCGAGCGUACUCUCGCCGUUGAGACCGGCUGUGAAUCGGAACUCUCCAGCGCCGAGUCCUCGAGUGCCGUCCCGAAGCCCCUCCUUUGUGAGAGAACUCUCCCGGUCCCGAUCCUCGACCCCAACGCUCCAGCGAUCCUCCACGCCAACACUCCAGCGCAAGACGUCUACGAGCUCUCUGCACUCGGUGGCCGGCUCCUCGAGUAGGACGCCGAGCAGAGCUCCUUCGCGGCGGACCAGCAUGGCGCACACAUCCUCUCCCAGCAUCAAAUCGCCCCUGCGACCGAGCCUCCCCGAAUACAUCAAGCCCCCACCUACGGCAAACUCGAUUGCUCGCGACUACUUCAAGACCGAGCUGGACGUGCAUCAUUCUCCUACUUCAACUCGCCCAACCGAGGCUCUGGUCGUACUACACGAUGCUUGCUACGGACACCGAUUCUCCCGCCCCAAGACCUCCCGAGCUGCCCUCAGCACCAUCGUCGAACGACCCGAGAGAAUCAAGGCCGGCGUACUGGGAGUCGCCAUGGCGUACGUACGACUUGGCGAGCGACAUUGCGACGGCGCAUACGCACUGCACCCGAGCCUGGAUCCAUUAUCAAUUCCGACUAUUCCGUUUCGCAUUUACAAGACCGAUCGGAGGCUGCCCCUGACAUCGCCGGCCGUCACCAAUGUGCAUGGUACCAAGUGGAUGGAGGAGCUCAAGAUGAUGUGCGACGUGGCUGAGAUGAAAUUGGCAACGGGCGGAAAGGAGCUUCAGCGACCAGAAAUGAACCGAGGUUCAGAGGGACCGCCCGCCAAGUUCCACGAAGGUGACUUGUACCUUUGCUCGGAGUCACUCGAGGCCUUUGAGGGUGCGCUGGGUGCCGUCUGCGAGGCCGUGGACAGGGUCUUCACUUCAGGUCCUCGUCGAGCGUUUGUCGCAGUACGCCCGCCGGGGCAUCAUUGCUCAGCUUCCUACCCGUCUGGGUUUUGCUGGAUCAACAACGUUCAUGUGGGAAUCAUGCAUUCCAUUCUCAACCACGGCUUGACUCAUGCGGCCAUUAUCGACUUCGACCUUCAUCACGGAGACGGCUCACAGGCUAUUACGUGGGCACACAACGCGCGCGGAGUCAACGCUGCCAAGAACACUGCUGCUUGGAAAAAGGCAUCCAUCGGCUACUUCAGCCUUCAUGAUAUCAACUCCUACCCCUGUGAAAUGGGAGAUGAAGAAAAGGUCAAAAAUGCGAGUUUGUGUAUUGACAAUGCUCACGGCCAGAACGUCUACAACGUCCAUCUGGAGUCAUAUGGCUCUGAGAAGGAGUUUUGGGAGCUGUACGAAUCCAGAUACUCUGUCAUCCUGGAGAAGACGCGCAAAUACCUAAAGACGCAAGCAGCUCGCUUGAGCUCCUUCAAUCUCCCGCCGAAGGCGGCCAUUUUCUUCUCGGCAGGGUUCGAUGCCAGCGAGUGGGAGACGAAGGGCAUGCAGCGUCAUAAUGUGAACGUUCCCACCGAGUUCUAUGCCCGCAUCGCUCAGGAUGUUGUCAAAAUCGCUUCGGAGGAAGGCUUAGGAGUGGACGGACGGGUGAUCAGUGUGCUCGAAGGUGGUUACAGUGACCGUGCUCUGUACUCUGGUAUCUUCAGCCAUUUGAGCGGGCUUUCAGGGAACCAGAUUUCAGAAGAACCGACUCGAGGUCGUUCGUCGUUCGGCCACGAGACGGGGCAGAAGGCUGGGGCGACGUACAAUGGCCAAAGCAUUCCACAGAGCCCAUCUACGUCCUCUCUACACCCAUACAACCCGGCUUGGUGGUCGAGCUCUGAGUUGGACGAGCUCGAGGUGGCCAUGGGCAACCGACCGCCAAGCCCCAGAGCCGUCCGGCACUCAACACCGCCGACUUACUGUACCCCGACUCAGGCGUCGAUCGGUAAGGCUGUAGACCCUGCCAGGAUGAGACGGAUAGCGUCCGGUCUGUCGAACGGAAUAACAUAUGCUCGGCCGCCGACACCGCCCCCUCCGGACGUUCACUGGACUGUUGCAGCUCAUGAGCUGAGCAGGCUACUCAUCCCGUCAGAUCGUCAAGUUGACAGCUGCAAACCCGAGGAUCUCAACGCGGAAGCAACUAGGGCUCGGAGGGAUAUGCAGUCGAUCCUCAACCCCGACCUCGUACCACCAGCGCCUGCACCUGCACUCGCUCCGGUCAGCAGGCCAACCUCGCGCAUGUCGCUGAGAGAGCGCAAACCAACGAAACCGGGCAUGUACGUCGACGCAGAUGAGGAUGACGACAAACGGUCCAAGAACCGACGGAAAACGGUGGCGGGGCCGCCUGCACUCUCUUCGGACAAGGCUGCCGCUCGAGGCAUCACGUCUGAUACGAACGGAGCAGCCAAGAGGCCCGGCCGUCGCCUUAGCGCGGUGUCGCCGGUGGCUUCGAAUGCUUCAGAGAUGGUCCAGGGGGCUAACAGGGUUGCGGGGCCCCGACCUGAUACCUCGAUGAGCGUCCGACCAGAUUCGGCCAUGAGUGUGAGGACGCAGGGUGGUUCAUCCCUGACUGUGAAGAAAACAAGGAUGCCCGCUGCCAAGAAGGAUGUCCCCAAGACAACGAGGACGGUCAAGAAGCCGACCGCGCCGGCGAAGCCGUCUCCUCCGCAGCAAAGCCAACCGUUCCGGGCCCCUCAUCGGAAGCCAAGCCCAGCCGCUGCGUCAGAAGACGAUAUGGAUAAGCUGACGGCCGGCAUGAAGAAGAUCAAGAUCAACCUGAUCACCAAGACACAGAAGGAAGAGCGCGCCAAAGCAGCGCAAGCCAAAGCAGCAACGCCACCUGCGGCCGCAGAGGCGAACUUUUCUCUGGGCGAGAUCGCGACCCCCCCUGCAUCCUCGCCCGUGGCACACCCGACCGUCACUCCUCCGCAAGAAGAGGCCUUCACUACACCACCGGCGCAGCCCCCGGCGUUCGAGGAACGGUCCUUACCGGCUGCUCCGACUGCCUGGCCCGAAGUCUCAACCCCGGUAACGGAGCAAAUGCCCGUGGCCGUAACACCCGACCCCCGUCAGUUUGAGCUCCCUGCCAGUUCGCCAGUCACAUCGCCAGCAGUAGCGACGCCGUCAGGCUCGGACGUGUUCAUCAACUAUCAACCAGAGGGGCCGGCUGCCGUAUCCAUCACGCCGCAAGAACCCCUCAAGUGGCUGCCGCCGAACACGAACACGCCGGUCAAGACUUCUCCGCCCAAGCCGUCGCCCGUCACAUCAUUGCCCAACAAGAAGUCGCCGGCCAAGAUGGCGCGCGCAGAUCUACCGGUAUUCUCGUCAACCUCUGCAAUCCCGUUCGCGUCGCAGAAGCUCAGUGGCAUGCCGGAGGUGAAACAGGAACCGGCAAAGUCGGUCCGGGAAAUCCCCGAGACUCCGCAAAAAUGA